UAUUUUCCUCUACGUUAUCCCAUUAUCCUACUUUUCUAGCCCUGCUACAUGUAUAACUAAUACGGGACCAAUAACCAAAAGUUCAAACAAGUUCUCUCUCCUUAAUUUCCAAACACAUCCAAAAACUAUGCCUUCAAGACUACUCUCUCAAGCUUUUGGAGCCAACCCCCUCAAUCACCCUCAUAAGUACUUGGAUUUGAACUCCAUCAAGGAAUUGCCUGAUUCACAUGAAUGGACAUCGGCUCACAAUGAACAGCCCUCCAUCGAGGGGACUAAUGUCGAAUCUGUCCCUAUUAUCGAUCUAAAUAACAAGAAUGCCAUGGAACUUAUAGGUCAUUCAUGCAAAACAUGGGGGGUUUUCCAACUGGUUAACCAUAGUAUUUGUAAGAGCUUGCUUAAAGAUGUAGAGUUAGCCGGUAAGAGGCUUUUUUCUCUCCCCAUACAGCAAAAACUUGAGGCGGCCCGUUCUCCAGAUGGAGUUGGUGGCUAUGGAAUGGCCCGUAUUUCUUCAUUCUUUCCCAAGCUUAUGUGGUCUGAAGGGUUCACUGUAAUUGGUUCACCAUUAGAGCAUGCCCGUCAACUUUGGCCCCAAGACUACCAAAACUUCUGUAACACAAUUGAAGCUUAUCAAAACCAGAUGAAAAAGCUAGCUGGAAAACUGAUGUGGCUCAUGCUUGGAUCGUUAGGAAUAACAAAGGAAGAUGUAAAAUGGGCGGAUCAGGGAGAAUUCGAAGGGGCAUGUGCAGCUCUACAAUUAAACUACUAUCCGGCCUGUCCCGACCCGGACCGAGCUAUGGGUCUUGCACCACAUACUGAUUCUACAAUACUCACCAUUCUCCACCAGAGCAACAUAAGUGGUCUACAAGUGCUCCGGGAGGGCUGCGGGUGGGUCACGGUGCCUCCGCAUCCCGAAGCAUUAGUGAUUCAUGUAGGUGACCUUCUGCAUAUAUUAUCCAAUGGGUUUUACACAAAUGUUCGCCACCGGGCCGUGGUGAACCGGACCCAACAUCGUUUGUCACUAGCAUACCUUUGUGGGCCACCCUCAAAUGUCAAAGUCUCCCCACUACCAAAAUUGGUAGACCAGUUUCACCCUCCACUCUAUCGACCAAUAACUUGGAGCGAGUAUCUUGGCACUAAAGCUAAGCAUUUCGACAAAGCACUCACAUCAGUACGGCUUUGUGCUCCUCGAAAUGGAUUUAUCGAUACAAACGAUCAAAACAGUGUUAAAGUUGGUUAACGAUGAAACCGCUACAACGACUACAACAAAUUACUAUAGCUUUUAGCUUUACUAUUUGGAAAAUAACUGUAUCUAUACAUUUUUUUUUCUUUUUUUGUAGUGAAAAUUCUCUAUUUAAUUUCUCUCCUUAACUAAAAAAUUCUCACUUCCCUGCUUGGAGGGAAGUUUAUGCAGUACGUCUAAAACGCCUUGUUGAU